AUGAAGAUGAAGCUCUUCGUGGCUGUUUUAGUGGUCGGGAUGGCCUUCUCUGCCGUGCAACAAGCUACCGCCGUGGAAGCUCCAGCUCCGAGCCCUACCUCUGACGCUUCCUUGUCUAUCCCGUCGUUUGUCGCUACCGUAGCCACUCUGGCCUUUGGGCUUCUAUUCUAAAUUUCUAAACAAAUUUGUCUUUGACUUUUUAGUUUAUAUAUCUAGAAAUCAUACUCUUGAUUUCAUAUUCAUCUGCACUCAUAUAUUGUUCUAAGAAUUUUUUUUUUUAAAGGGUUAAACCCGGGUCAAUAUUGUUCUAAGAAUUGCCACUCGAAUAUCAAUGGAACAUCUCUGUCACUUUUUAUUAACCAGUGUAGUUUUUGAAACACUCUAGCAUUUGACAAGUGAUAAGUUAGGUAACUAGAUGAAGACUAUGCUAGUCGAAAUAUAGAGCUUAAAGCAUUUUAAUAAAGGUUAGAAAUACAUAUAGUUUUAGUGGAAGGUGACAACAAGCAGACACCUUAAUUAACUGUAAGCUUUAUAAUCAUGACAUCUUA